UUUUAUUUUUAGCUCCGCCGGCGGAAGAACACAGCGCGGCGUGGGGAGAGAGCCGCCAAGGAGCUGGGAUGCUCUUCUAGCUGGACGAGAGGAUGCGCAUUUGCCGCAGGCCCCGUCAUUGUGAAACCGGACACCGACGUGCGGCGGAUGGGGUGACGGAGCGCGCUGCUCCGCCGGGGAGGUCCCUCGCUUCGGACGUUGCCGGGGUAGGAGCCGCCUGCGCCCGGUUGUAGAGGGGGAGGAGGCAGGAGGGAAGAUGCGGACGGAGGAGGAGAGGGCCGCCGCAGAAGAGCCCAUUUUGGACGAAGGGUCAGGACGAGAGCAGCAACGGCCGGUCCAGCAGUCUCUGGCCUCGUCCCUGUGCCGGGAGUCCCACUGGAAGUGCCUCCUCCUGACUCUCCUCAUGUAUGGCUGCUUCGCCACGCUCACCUGGUGCGCCCUGUGCCGCGUGCCCGUGCUAAGCUCCUCGCCCGUGCGCGUGGCCGCCGGUGACAACGCCACCUCGGCGGCCUACUACAAUGACGUGCAGCGCUUGGAGAGUCCGUGCUCCAGCGGCUACCUCUACAUUCCGCUGGCUUUCCUGGCCAUGCUCUACGUGGUCUACCUGGUGGAGUGCUGGCACUGCUUCUCCAAGACAGCCAUGUUGGCUCACGCCGAGUUCCAGGAAGUGUACGAGCGCGUGCAGAGGCUCCAACAGGCCACACCCUGUAUUUGGUGGAAGGCCAUCAGCUACCAUUACGUGAGGAGGACCAGGCAGGUGACAAGAUACCGCAAUGGAGAUGCAUACACAACCACACAGGUCUACCACGAACGUGUCAACACACACGCCUCCAGCUCAGAGUUUGACUAUGCUCGCUACGGCGUAAAAGAUGUGUCUAAGGAGCUGUUUGACCUCCAGCUGCACUCUGCUGUUCGCCUCCGCUUCACCAAGUGCUUCAGCUUCUCCAGUGCACGUGCUGAAGCAGCCUAUCUCACCCAGCGAGCUCGCUUCUUCGGUGAGAACGAGGGCCUGGACGACUACAUGGAGGCCAGGGAGGGCAUGCACCUGAAGAACGUGGAUUUCCGCGAACACAUCCUGGCGUUCCCGGAUCCCGCUCACCAGCCGUGGUUUUCCAGGCACAGAGUCUUCUGGCUGGCCUCCGCUUUCCUUCUGUCAUGGCCGCUGAGGGUGGUGUCUGAGUACCGCACGGCCUACGUGCACUACCACGUGGAAAAGCUGUUUGGCGAAGAUGAGGAUGUCAGCGGGGGAGGUGGGCCGGGAGGGGGCGGAAGAGGCAGCGGGGGCGAGGGUGGGACUGAAAACGGCAUCCAUCCGGGAGGGAUCAGAAUGGGUCCAAACGGGUCGAGCUAUAGAGCCAUCUCGCGAAUCAACACAGUGGACAUGACAGAACUCGAGUGGCACAUUCGCUGCAACCAGCAGAUGGUUCCCAGCUACUCUGAGGCUCUCCUCAUGGACUUGGACAGUAGCAGUGGGACAAACCCCACUGCUUCCACACCCAUCUCCGGGCCCCCAGGCACCACCCCCAACCUGGAGGGGAGCCGGCCUCCUUUGGCCCUGCCUGUGGUGUUCAACUCCACGUACCUCCUCCAGAGCUGCCCCCGAUGCCGGCGAACCACAUCUAGCUCCAGCCUUCCCUCUCGUCUGAGGGCACCCAUGGGAACCACCGCCCUGCUCAAUGCAACCGUGGCGGGCUUGAGGGCGGCCGGGCACAGUGGAGGGGGGAUCGGAGGCAGGCUGGUUCUCAGUCGAAGCGGAUUCUCAUUGGGGAGGCUGAGCGGCGGGAGGCAGAACAGCCUGUUCCAUUCACGCAGCAUGGGGGGAGAGCUGGGUGGAAGUCGAGAGGAUGGAGCAGGAAGUGGAGGAGGGGGAGCAGGAUUCCUGGGCUUAGGCUCCAGGCAGGACAAUGAGGAGACCAGAGGUGUGCUGGAGGGAGAGGGGGAUGAGGAAGAGGAGCACGAGGUGAUGGAGGCGGAGGAGAGGAGGCGGGAGGAUGCGGGGAGAGACAGGGAUGAAGAGGCGGAGCAGGAUGGAGGAGGAGGAGGAAGUAGGAGGGAGGGCGAGAGGGAACGUCCACCAUCUUACCAGGAUGCCUUCUUCUUCCCUGUCCUCAUCAUACACGGAGAUGAGAGCUGCCAUGCUGGAGACCGCCUCUGAACGUCUCAACUAUGACAAGAGACAAACCAUCAGUGGUCGGUCAUGCUGGAGGGACAAGAAAACAUAAAUCUAUGCAAGAGCAGGAGCAGGCGGAGAACCAGUCUAAGAACACAAAGACUAUUGGACAAAAGUACUGGGACACCUGGUCAAGGUCUUCCACUCUAAACUCAUCCAAGCAAGUAUGUAGGGACCUUGCUGAACAAACUGUUGUUGCACAAAGUUGGAAGCAUAGAUUCAUUAAGAUGAAGAGGUGUGACCCAAGACUUUUGUCUAUGUCUUCUGGAAGGAGAAUUGGAUCAGCAGCUGACCACGAGGCAACACGGUGCCAACAAAGGAGGAGGAACAUCGAUUUGCUUGCCGUUUCCUCCGUGCUGACGCGGUCCUCUCCUCGCCAUUAGUGAUGCACUCACGCUCACACCGGUAUUAGUCAUGCGGCCCUGAAAAAACAACAUAAAAGACGUCUUCACGGACAUCCAGUCGUAAACACAAUAAGUGAUGACAAGUGAUGGCACAUUUUAUUCACCAGAAAGUACUAUUUGAUUCAGAUUAAUAUUUCUAUUAGAAACAUGUUGAGGAGACUUUUCUCACUAGCUUUUACGCAAAACAAAACAACGCUAAAGAGCUGCUGAGGACGUCAGUAACUCCUCCUCCUCCUCCUCCUGAAGGCAAGCGAUCGGCCAGAUAUUUAAAGGGGAACAUUAUCACCAGACCUAUGUAAGCGUCAAUAUAUACCUUGAUGCUGCAGAAAAAAAGACCAUAUAUUUUUUUAACCGAUUUCCGAACUCUAAAUGGGUGAAUUUUGGUGAAUUAAACGCCUUUCUAAUAUUCGCUCUCGGAGCGAUGACGUCACAACGUGGCGUCACAUCGGGAAGCAAUCCGCCAUUUUCUCAAACACCGAGUCAAAUCAGCUCUGUUAUUUUCCGUUUUUUCGACUGUUUUCCGUACCUUGGAGAUAUCAUGCCUCGUCGGUGUGUUGUCGGAGGGUGUAACAACACAAACAGGGACGGAUUCAAGUUGCACCAGUGGCCCAAAGAUGCGAAAGCGGCAAGAAAUUGGACGUUUGUUCCGCACACUUUACCGACGAAAGCUAUGCUACGACAGAGAUGGCAAGAAUGUGUGGAUAUCCUGCGACACUCAAAGCAGAUGCAUUUCCAACGAUAAAGUCAAAGAAAUCGGCCGCCAGACCCCCAUUGAAUCUGCCGGAGUGUGUGAGCAAUUCAAGGACAAAGGACCUCGCUAGCACGGCAAGCAAUGGCGGCAGUUUGUUCCCGCAGACAAGCGAGCUAAACCCCCUAUCGACCCUAGCUUCCCUGGCCUGCUGACAUCAACUCCAAAACUGGACAGAUCAGCUUUCAGGAAAAGAGCGCGGAUGAGGGUAUGUCUACAAAAUAUAUUAAUUGAUGAAAAUUGGGCUGUCUGCACUCUCAAAGUGCAUGUUGUUGCCAAAUGUAUUUCAUAUGCUGUAAACCUAGUUCAUAGUUGUUAGUUUCCUUUAAUGCCAAACAAACACAUACCAAUCGUUGGUUAGAAGGCGAUCGCCGAAUUCGUCUUCGCUUUCUCCCGUGUCGCUGGCUGUCGUGUCGUUUUCGUCGGUUUCGCUUGCAUACGGUUCAAACCGAUAUGGCUCAAUAGCUUCAGUUUCUUCUUCAAUUUCGUUUUCGCUACCUGCCUCCACACUAUAACCAUCCGUUUCAAUACAUUCGUAAUCUGUUGAAUCGCUUAAGCCGCUGAAAUCCGAGUCUGAAUCCAAGCUAAUGUCGCUAUAGCUUGCUGUUCUUUCCGCUAUGUUUGUUUGUGUUGGCUUCACUAUGUGACGUCACAGGAAAAUGGACGGGUGUUUAUAACGAUGGUUGAAAUCAGGCACUUUUAAGCUUUUUUUAGGGAUAUUGCAUGAUGGGUAAAACAUUUUUUAAAACUUCGAAAAAUAUAAUAAGCCACUGGGAACUGAUUUUUAAUGGUUUUAACCAUUCUGAAAUUGUGAUAAUGUUCCCCUUUAAGAUGCACAAAAAAAGUGGCUCAUCAGGAGCAGGUUUGGCCCCCCUCUAAGUCCUUCAUAAUCCAUCAACUAAAAUUUAGACGUGGAAGAGUCUCACCAGAACUCAGGCUGGACUCUCUUAACCUGACUCUCGCCAGAUCCUUGGAGUUUGCUGAGGAUAUGGGACUUCUCAAUAGGAGAUGUAUUUCCUUGUAAAAAAAAUCAUUGCAUGUGAUUGGAUAAACCACUUGUCCGUUAUCUUGAAUGACGUGCUACUUCAACCACUCACAUCGAAAUCAACCCGUGGCGCUGAUGAGAGCGACGCCGGGAAAUCCAAAACAGAACAGCCGACAUAUUGGAUAAUGACAGAGCGAAAAGUUAGAUAACUUUUACUGAAACAACGGAGCAAUGUCAGUAGACGAUGGAUGUCGCAAAACAGUUGCAAUAGCAGAAUCAAUGUCAGCACACGACUCCUCGCUGGUCUCAUCCAUGAAAUCCCGCCCGGCGAUCCUGAUUGGUUCAUUCUUUUUUUGCUAUCUUGAAGGAGUUUGCAUUGCCCUCGAGCCCAGAUCCUUUGUGUGGAGCUCAGCGAGCUACAAGGAUCUGGCGAGAGUCAGGUUUGGACUCUCUGGCCUACUUCCUAAAAUUGGAUGAGGAUACACACUGAGGGAGCGGCAGAAAGUCCUGGUACUUUUCAAAGCACACCUUGGAUGAACACGUCUUGGCCUUCCUUCCUUGCACCUUUGAACAUGACACAGGCUCCUCAAGACAAUGAAAGCCCGGUUCUCCCCGUGCUCCACAAGUAUGGAAAGCACACACACACAUUCUGUAUAGAAACUCUCAAAGACAUACAAUAGAGGACAUUUAUAGACAUUUUUUUGUAAUGCUGUUAAUCAUGACUCAGAUAGUCCUCAUAUGAGCAAAAUCAAGCACUAAAGCGCACUGAACACACAUUUGUGUCAUUGUAUGUUAUGAUUUGUUUGGAUUGUAACGAUGGGACGCACUUACAGUAUAUGUCAAUUGUGUGCUAUAGCCACUUGAACGCUUGCAAAAGCUACAAAACAUGCAACAUUUCAGCUUUUGUGUUUGUUUGCAGUUUUGAGCGAUGUUUAAAAUGCCUUUAGUAGGCGUCACAAAUGUUUUUGCGUGUGUGUCAACCAAUGGUUUGCUGGUGUGGCCGAAAAAAAAUAUAGAACACAAAGUAGGCCUUCACACAUGCACUGUCCAAUACGCAUGGAAAUGUCCUCCAUACGUUGCCUUCGUGUCUGUCCACUCUUGUAUCUCAGGAUUUUAAGUUUGAAAACUUUUUGCAACAUCUGCUUCAAUUGUUGACACGCUUAAAGCCAAGUGUACACACUCGCAUGCAUGAGCAUCUUCUAAAAAAAAACACACACACACAUUUACAUGGGGAGAAAUAACACAAAUAUUUGUCGAUGUGCACAAGCUGGCGACCAUGCAGUCCAGGGUGCCCCUUGCCCGAAGUUAGCUGGGAUAGGCUCCAGCUCACCCGGGAAAAGUAUGGUUGAAUGAAUAGCGCACAAGCUGAGUUAACCUUUUGGCCGCCAGAUGGCAGCAAAGCACUUUGUAGGGGAAGCCCACAGAGGGACAGGGUAGAAAGCAUCCAAACCAUCUGCUUAGAAGUGAUGACUUAUUAACCAGGAUGCUGAUUAACAUAACAAUUUAGUGACAUAACUGCAGAAUAACUUAGGCGACUUUCUGAAUGAACAGGCAAUAAGUGAAGACAAUUAGCCUCCAUUGACUAAAUACAUUGCCUUUUCUGUGUGCUCAAUACAAGCUACCUUGUCUUUCAAAUGAAAAAAACACCAACUGCAGCUGAAGUAUUGUAAAAAAAAAAAAAAAAAAAGGAAUAAAAACAGUCACAUGAUGCCGCUUUGUUUCAUUUAUUUUGUACUACUGAAUGAGACUGUCCACUGUGGAUGCCGCCAUGUGACUGAUGCAAGGACAAACCCUGUUUUUAACCGACCAGAGGGCGACAGCAAUAUAAAAGUACUAAUUUGUAUGGUCGCCAUGGCAACAAGAAUCCUCAGCAUCACUUCAUCUUUACAGUCUGAAUGGAUUUUGUCAUGGGUGACACACGAUGACUAUAUAAUAUGCCACUUAAGUAUUUUAUCACAUACUCACUGUCAAUUUUCAGGGCUUGUUUGGUUGAUUAAGAAGCAGCGCAGGUGGUCACAUAACGCUGUUUGUCAAGUGCUGAUGAUGACAGUUAUGGAAAAUGCAAAUAAAGUCAAUCUGCUUUCUAAACCAACCUUGGGUGUUUCUAAUUUCUUCUAUUUCAUAAAAAAAUAAUAUAUGCGCGUGUAUACAUAUGUACUUAGUUUUUUAUUCUAUGUAAUAUAUAUUAAUAUUAUUUGUAUCUUUUUGACGUUUUAAAAAAAAAUUGUAAUACUGAAUAGUGCAGUUAUGAUCAAUAGAAAGCCCUGAGAAUCAGUGAGAUGGAUGACUGACAAUAUCCAUAUACAAAAUGUAAUACUGUUAUUGACGAUCUAAUGCUUUAUUAUAAAUGUAAUACAAACCCCGUUUCCAUAUGAGUUGGGAAAUUGUGUUAAUGGAAAUAUAAACGGAAUACAAUGAUUUGCAAAUCCUUUUCAACCCAUAUUCAGGUCAAUAUGCUAC